UACCUUGUAGUUCUGUACAUUGUAGUUCUAUACAUUAUAGACACUCAAGGCUGUGAUUGGACGGUUGUCUCUAAUAAAAGAUGAAUCCAGACACUUCUCAGCAUCUACAAGGAAGCAGCUGGACCUGACGGGUCCCGGAGAAGUGUCAGAACCAUGAGUGCGGACGAGGAUACCCAAUGGCUGGAGUGGGUGACCAAACAGUUUGAGAACAUUGCCGGAGAAGACAAGGAAAUCGAUCUGCAGGAAUUCAAGACCGCCCUAAAUGUCAAGGAGUCAUUUUUCGCAGAGCGUUUCUUUGCUUUGUUCGAUUCCGAUGGGAGCGGCUCCAUCACCCUGGAUGAACUGAUGAGGGCGCUCCAUCUCCUGAUCCAUGGAAGUGAAGCCGACAAACUGGGCUUUCUAUUCCAAGUGUAUGAUGUGGACGGAAGUGGCUCCAUUGAGCCGGAUGAGCUCCGCACCGUGCUGAAGUCUUGUCUGCUGGAGAGCGCCAUCUCCCUGCCGGAGGAAAAGUUAGACGCUUUGACUCUGGUACUUUUCCAGUCAGCUGAUCAGGACAACAGCGGCUCCAUCACAUUCCAGGAGCUAAAGGAAGAGCUGGAGAACUUCCCAGAAGUCAUGGAGAACCUGACAAUCAGUGCCGCCAAUUGGCUGAGGCCACCGACCGUAACCAAGAAGAAUCGCACCCCUCGUUACCUGACCCCCACCUACUGGCACAACAACCGCAGCAAGGUCCUCUUCAUGUGCGCCUACUGCUGUGUCAACAUCCUGCUCUUCACCCUGAACGCCGUCAACCAUUCCUUUCUCGGGGGAUGGGUCAUGGUGGCCAAGGGUUGUGGUCAAUGUCUGAACUUCAACUACGCCUUUAUUGUGUUUCUGAUGCUCCGCCGCUGCCUGACGUGGCUCCGCACUACAUUUGUUUCCCAUUUCCUUCCACUGGACCAGAAUAUCUUCCUGCAUGAGCUGGUUGGAUACGUGAUAUUCAUCCUCACCUGGGUCCAUACAGCUGCCCAUGUGAUCAAUUUCAUAAAGAAGUCCAUGGACCCGGGUCUCUUCACCUUCUGGGAGUAUUUCCUCACUCUGCGGCCCGGCAUUGGAUGGAUACAUGGGAGCGCCUCCAUCACCGGAAUCUUGCUGCAGCUGCUCAUCUGCCUGAUGCUCGUCUGCUCCAGCACCUUCGUCAGGAAAGGGGGGCACUUUGAGGUAUUUUACUGGACACAUCUGUCCUAUAUCUGGUCCUGGAUUCUGUUAUAUCUUCACACCCCCAAAUUCUGGAAGUGGUUUUUGGUGCCGGGACUCCUGUUUGUGCUGGAGAAGCUCUUUGGGGUGGCUGCAUCCCGUAUGGGAGGAUUGCACAUCGUAGAGGUGAACCUCCUACCCUCCAAGGUGACGCAUCUUGUCAUUAAGAGACCGCCAUCCUUCCAAUACAAGCCUGGCGACUUCAUAUACCUGAACAUACCCGCCAUUGCCAAGUAUGAAUGGCACCCCUUUACUAUCAGCAGCGCCCCUGAGCAGACAGACACUCUCUGGGUACACAUCCGCUCGCUCGGCCAAUGGACAAACCGACUGUAUGAACAUUUCCGCCUUCCCGAGGCGGCCAGGAAAGAAGAAAAAAAGAGAGUGGCAGAGAAUCCGAAGAACGAAAUCUACCGAAGCCAGGAACAUCUUUUCAGCUCCACCGGAGUUAUCGCCAGCAAUGCGGACGCACAGAUUGAACUGACGUCAUACCGACCACGAAAGAAUCCGCUUGGUGAAGAAGUCCACGUCGGCGUGGGUGAAGGAGAAGGAAGCUCACAGAGCCGAGAAAUUUCCUUUCAAGUUAAUGAAAAUCACAUUUUGUGUAAUAUAAAGUGUUAUAUCGAUGGGCCGUUCGGAACUCCCAAUCGACGCAUCUUUACCUCGGACCACGCCGUGCUAAUUGGAGCGGGAAUUGGCAUCACACCAUUCGCUUCAAUCCUGCAAAGUAUCAUGUACAGGUACCGCAUGCGGAAACAGAAUUGCCCGAACUGCAGCUACUCCUGGUUUGAGAAUCUGAAGGACAACGAGAUGAAGCUCAGAAAGGUGGACUUUAUCUGGAUAAACCGAGACCAGAAGUUUUUCGAGUGGUUUGUCAGUUUGCUGACCCAGCUGGAGCUGGACCAGGCCGACGAGGAGCCGGAAGGUCGGUUCCUGGAAAUGCACAUGUACAUGACUUCCGCUCUCGGCAAGAACGACAUGAAGGCCAUCGGACUACAGAUGGCUCUGGACCUUCUGGCCAAGAAGGAAGAAAAAGACUCCAUCACGGGACUGAAGACUCGAACGCAGCCGGGACGUCCAGACUGGAACAAGGUUUUCCAGAAAAUUGAGCGGGAGAAGAAAGGAAAGGUGCAAGUGUUCUACUGUGGCUCUCCGGCGCUGGCGAAGGUCAUCAAGGCUCACUGCGAACAGUUCAACUUCAAAUUUUAUAAGGAAAAUUUCUAGUCAUUUGGUCUUUUGCUAAAUUCGAGUCAUUCAAUGAGAAUGUAAGGUGCCUACAAAUAUUAAUAAAUGGUCACAUCAAG